UCCACUCCCAAACUCUAACCGCACCAAACCAGAGUCAAAGAUCCUCUUUCUCUUUCUCACAACACGCGAAAAAUUUAUCGGCAAUUCAACCCGCUUUCUCUUACUUCUCUAUCAUGCAAUCCUAAACAUAAAACACAACGCAUUAAUUAAUGGAUUUAGUUGAAGGCGUUGGAGAGAGUUCAUCGCCUCGGCGUUCAUUCGGCGGUUACACUAACUACGAUGUCAGGACCGACGUUUACAACCGCUUGGUUGAAACCGGCAACGACCAAGCCGUAUUGAAUCCGGAGUUUCGUGAACAGUUAGAAGCUCACUUUAAUCGUUUACCUCCAAGUUAUGGACUUGAUGUUAAUGUUGAUAGAGCUGAAGAUGUUUUACUGCAUCAGAGACUUCUUGAUUUGGCAAGAGACCCGGAUAAGCGUCCUGUUUACCAUAUACGCUUCUUGGAGAAUAUUUCUACUAGGACAGAUGGUGCAGAUCAACAACUUGCAAGUACCCAUGCUAGUCCUGGGUCAUCUACUCAUGCAACAAAUGGGGGAGUCAUGGCAUCUCAUAAGAGGACUAGGGGUCUGGCAACUGAGUUUGAGCCUUGCUCGAAGCUUGAGGACCUAAAUUUGGAUGUUAUGAAGAACUCCAAGGAGACACAGGAAAAUUUUCUUAUGGACAGCUUUUCCCAGAGGCAUGAACAUUCAAGUGUCCCAGUUCAUGAAAUAAUAUUUUCCACUAUUGACAAACCAAAGCUUUUAAGCCAGCUGUCCGCUUUGCUGUCUGAUAUUGGCCUUAACAUCCGUGAAGCACAUGUAUUUUCCACCACUGAUGGCUACUCCCUCGAUGUUUUUGUGGUGGAUGGAUGGCCACUAGAGGAAACAGAUGGUUUGUAUGAUUCUAUGGUAAAAGCUGUAGCUAGAAGUGAGGGGUCAUGGUCUCAUUCUUCAAAUUCUCAUUCAGCUGUGGAGAAAGCCUUAGCGUCAGAAGGAAAAUCUGGAGACUGGGAAAUAGACAGGAGGUCGUUAAAGAUAGGAGAAAAAUUAGCAUCUGGAUCCUGUGGAGAUUUGUAUCAUGGAGUUUAUCUUGGUGAAGAUGUUGCUGUUAAGGUACUGAGAUCUGAGCAACUAAAUGAUGCCUUAGAGGAUGAGUUUACUCAAGAAGUAGCAAUUUUGAGACAAGUGCAUCAUAAAAAUGUUGUUCGUUUCAUUGGUGCAUGCACAAAGUGUCCACAUUUGUGCAUAGUAACAGAGUAUAUGACUGGGGGAAGUUUGUAUGAUUACUUGCACAAAAAUCAUAAUGUCUUGGAGCUGUCUCAACUACUCAAGUUUGCAAUCGAUGUCUGCAAGGGAAUGGAGUAUUUGCAUGGAAACAACAUAAUUCACAGGGAUCUGAAGACAGCCAACUUGUUGAUGGAUACGAAGAAUGUUGUUAAAGUGGCAGAUUUUGGAGUUGCCCGGUUCCUAAAUCAGGGAGGAGUGAUGACUGCAGAAACUGGAACAUAUAGAUGGAUGGCACCAGAGGUCAUAAACCACCAGCCUUAUGAUCAGAAGGCAGAUGUAUUCAGUUUUUCCAUAGUACUAUGGGAACUAGUAACAGCAAAGGUACCGUAUGAUACCAUGACUCCACUGCAAGCUGCUUUAGGUGUGAGACAGGGACUGCGACCAGAACUUCCAAAGCAUGGGCAUCCUAAGCUAUUAGAUUUGAUGCAAAAAUGUUGGGAAGCAAUUCCAAGCAGUCGUCCAUCCUUCAAUGAGAUAAGAACUGAACUUGAAAAUCUUUUGCUAGAAGUGGAGAAUAAUUCAGAAGCUUAUGGUGCUUGACAUUUCAAGCUCAAGCUCAAACUAUUAUAUUCCACUUAUUUUCAGGCGGUUAAGGAGGUCUUUCGCUAUUCAAAUAGCUGUAGAGUUUUUCACACUCCCUUAUGCACCGAGGGAAAAAGGACUUCACAUAAGCUGACCAAUAGAGUGAGAAAAUGUAAAGAGGCAUACUAAUUUUAUAGUUGAAAUAACUUAAAUAUAUAUAUCCCAGGCAAAAUCACGUCCAACUUAACUGUGUAAAGAUAUUUUGAAAAUAGGAAUGCGUUCCACGUUAUUGACGUGUUUUUUCAAUAGAGGUAAAGUCAAUGAAAUUGUAUUCUAAGGGUUAUUAUUCUGUGUAGCAAUCAUACUGUAUAUUAUUAACGACAGACGUGAGGCAAUGAGCCCAGCUAUCCAAACUAGCUUAGUGCAAAGUGUUGCCUUUGUCACGAGACACAACUCUGCAUCCAACAAACCUUGAUUCUCAGGAACAGUACAAUAUAAUUUGGGCUUUGAUCAUCA